AUGUGGACUGUCCUGAGCACCUUGCUACUUCUUUGGGCCAUCGUCAUAGCCUCGGAAUCCACUGUGGACUUUAUCAGGAGCGUGGCCAAGUCGUCUUCGCUGGAGCUGCUGAUAAUCCGCUAUGACUACUGUCCAGAUUCCUGGCUGCCUGAACUCUACGCAUUCAAUUCGCUUACAGUGGUGCUGCAAUCAGCCAGAAGCGCUCAGCCGCAGCAUGAGGAGUUUUCCCGUGCACUGCACGUUGUGUGCCUACCCGGGAAUGGGCUGCACGAGGAGGAGCUGCUGCUGCAAGCACUAGCAACUUCGCUGGAGAAUAGACGCAACGAGAAAUGUCUUCUAUAUCUAGCGAAUAGAUUGGCCAAUCCCGCUGCAAUGGACCAAAUGCUGCGACGCUGCUACGAACUGAAAAUGCUGAACGUGGUUGGACUGAUGGCCGUCGAUGUGCAGCGUUUCUACUACCGCUACCAUCCCUAUCCCGAGUUCAGGGUAGAGCGGCGCACCCUGCAAGCGUCGCAUAUCUUCGAGGCGCUCUUCCCCAAUAUGCAGGGAGAGCCGCUGAUUGUAAUGCCAGACCAAUGGCAUCCACGCUCCGUUGUCUAUGUGGACAGAUGCACGGGGAAGAAGGUUCUGGCCGGAUCGGUUGGUCGAUUUGCACGCACCUUGGUCUGGAAACUGAACGCAACCCUGGAGUAUGCCCAGACUGUCAUUCCGGGACGCUUUCUCAAUGCGAAUACUCUGCGAGAUCUGGUCAAGCGGCUGCCAAUCGAUCUGCCGGUUAGCGUGUCCCACGUGGAGCAAAUGCCUAACUCUAGUUAUCCAUUUGAGUUGACGCACAUGUGCCUGAUGAUUCCCGUGGCAAACGAGAUUCCAGUGCGGGACAUCUACCGCCACCUGAGCAGUGUUGGAAACGUAUGCAUUGCUUUGGUCAUUGUGUACGCCUACGGCCUGACUCUCAGCUGCCAAAGACGUCUGCAUGAGCGGGAAGUCUACCUUGUGGAUUUUCUGCUGAAUGACAGAGCUCUGCGCGGUGUCUUGGGACAGUCCUUUCAGUUGACUAACCAAGAGAGUGGCUCCACCAGCAAGUGCAUCUACCUUAUGCUGGGCAUUGUCGGCCUCAACAUCAGCUGCAUCUUUGGAGCGGCUCUGGAAACGAUGCUGGCCCAACCACCGAAGCAAUUCCAGGCCCGCAGCAUCGCUGAUGUCAGGCGCGCCCGCCUGCCUCUUGUCGUUAUGGAAGAAGAUCUGGAUUCUGUUGCGGAUCUACAGCUACCCGUUCUGACCGUCAAUGCGAGCGAGUACAUACGGCUACGGGACGAGGGGAACACCAGCUACGUCUACCUGGCCACGCGCCUACACUGGACCCUGUUCGAGAAUCAGCAGAAACACUUUUCACGAGAACUUUUCAUCUACUCCAAGGACGCCUGCCUGUGGUCGCUGGCUCUGCUGACCUUCGAGCUGCCCCAGCACUCCUGGUUUGAGGCGCCCAUCAACAAACUAAUUCUGGAGGCGAGAGCCAGCGGAAUCUAUCAAUAUUGGGUGGGAAUGCAUCACUACGACAUGUCGGUCGCUGGAGUCGCCAGCCUGCGUGAUCUCAGCUUGCAACAGAUUCAACGAGAGACUCAUGAAACUGGCAGUUCCCUGCGCCUCAUUGAUCUGCAAUGGGUUUGGCUGGCAUAUGGAGCGCUGACUCUGCUGGCCGUGCUGCUGUUUAUCCUCGAGACUGGUUGGCAGCAGCUUCAGGCGUUUGCUUUGUGUUCGGAUUUAGUUUAUUGUUGA